UGGUUAUGGUCAUUAUGGUGUGUCCAUGUUGGUGAUAGUAUUAUUUUAAAUUAAAUUAGUCCUAACAAAAAUUUCGAUCACUAUUGUUUUUCUCCGAUGUAAUUUUCAACCAAAAACUUAUCGGUCCGCUCAGGGAAUCCAAUAAAAAACAAUUACUUUUACUUACUGCAAGUAUUCCGUUCAAAGUUCUCGUUCGCCUUGUUUUGUAAUCACCAUCUCCAUCCAGGAUCAUGCCUUUUAUGCACGGUCAUGUGCCCAUCAGGCGUACACUGAAGUAUUUAAAUGCCGGUCAAAUCAUUCUCAAGGAAAGAAUAAAAAUAUUUUCUUUAAAUUUCAGCUCUAGAGGAGAUCAUCAUAAAGGAGCUAGGGAAUUCGCAUUUUGGCAUCUGCAGCAACUCCAACAUAAAAAUCCUGAUGUUCACGUCGUCGAGUUUAAAGAUUUGACUCCAUCACCAUUUAUUAGAUGCUUCACAGACAAUGGAGAUAGUGUUAUAAUUGAUUUGGAAGGGAGAAGCAAAGAAUCAAUCCAUGAUCAUGUCAUGAAAGUUUUAGGAAAAUCCGAAGAUUUAUUAGAAAAAGAGGCAAAAGCAAGAGAGAAGAAAGAAAACCCUGCUAAUUUUGGAUAUAUGUGUGAGAAAAAUUGCAUCUGCGAAUUCUUUGGUCAAGUUCCAUGCCCAGGAGUGGUGCCUUUACCCCUUUACAUGAAAGGAAAGACCAUCAAGAAAUUACUUGAAGGAGAUGAUUAAUAAGUUCACAGAAACUAUCAUGUACGAACUAGUGAUUGGAAAUCACCUUAAAAGUUUUGUAUUUUGUAAGUAGAAUGCCCAAAAUAUGCUCUGCCUCUGUGUACAUAACUAAGAAAUAAAAAAGAUGAGGGCAGGAUUUUUCAACUCUUUUCCUCAGCUGAACCCAUACCUGCAAGCUAACUGUGGAUCGGAGGGCAGGUGUCCUUCAGUUUGCGGUCAGAGCUGAGAGAAAUGAGGAAGAGCACUGCUGUAAGAUGAAUUGAGAUUUCAUGACCUAAUCAAAGUCAGACUCAAAACUUCAUUGAAAUCUUUAUUCAUCUGAGCACUUGCGUUAAAUGAUACUGAAAUAGAUUUUUUGUUUGUUUGUACAGUAUAAUAAUGAUAUCAAGUCUCAUUUCAAUGGAUUUUCAUGUUUUCAAGAAUAAAUAAAUGUUACUUUGUUUUUUAUCCUCUA